AUGGGUCUCGGAUGCCCCAUUCACGCUCAACGGAACGAACAUAUCCGAAUGCACCAGCUACGUUAUCUGAGUCGGGAACUAAACAUGAUGAACGACCUGACCCCCGAGCUGGGCAGGAAGAGACGAGCGGCUUGGGGAGCGUACAAGAGCAUCGAGGAUGUAGUGAAGAAGACCAGGAACACCCGGCUCCGUGCUCACCUCUUCAACACCACCGUACUUUCUGCUUUGACCUAUGCUUCGGAAACCUGGGCAUUUCGCAAGAAGGAAGAAAACGCGGUGAGCGUCAUUGAACGCGCAAUUGAGAGAGUGAUGCUAGGAGUAUCCCGUUUCACGCAAGUGAGGGACAGGAUUCGAAGUUCUCUCCUACGUCAGCGAUCGAAGAUUAGAGACGCCGCCGCGUUUGCCAAGGAAAGUAAAAUAAGGUGGGCCGGACACGUGAUGCGCUUUAAUGACAACCGUUGGACCAGAGCCGUGAGCGACUGGGUUCCCCGCGAUAUUAAGCGCACUACAGGAAGACCGCCGACCCGAUGGUCAGAUUUCUUCACGAAGUCCUUCAAAGAAAAUUAUGAUGCUCUUCGUGUCCCACGCGAAAGGAGGAACCACUGGGCUACUCUGGCACGCGAUCGGGACAAAUGGAAGAAUUACUGGCGCCCGCUCGACCAGUUCGAAGAUCAACGGGAGUCAAGGUAA